CCGAGAAGCUCAGUUAGCGUACCGUCUAUUAACUCUCGAAAUGGCCGGAUAGCUCCUCUCGCGCAAAGCUUUUCGUCUCCGUCCCCUGCCCAACUACUCCUCCACCUCGAUCGAGAGAAGCUCGGAUCCGCGGAGGAGAGGAGAGGUGCCCACGAGCUAUCGGUUGCGCCGCGGCGAUGGGUAGCCUGCGAGGCGGAGAGGGAAGGAACGAGGACGGAGUGAAAGUCGGGCUACCGGCGCUGGAGGUGGCGCUCGCGUUCCCGCAGGCCACGCCGGCGUCCCUGUUCCCGCCCGCCGUGUCGGACUACUACCAGCUUGAUGAUUUGCUGACCGAUGAAGAGAAGGCGCUUAGGAAGAAAGUCCGUGCUAUUUCAGAGAAAGAAAUUGCACCCAUUAUGACCGAAUACUGGGAGAAGGCAGAAUUCCCAUUUCAUGCCAUUCCGAAACUUGCAACUCUUGGCUUAGCUGGAAGUACAACGAAGGGAUAUGGGUGCCCAGGACUCUCGCUUACAGCGAGUGCCGUUUCUAUAGCAGAAGUUGCACGGGUUGAUGCAAGCUGCUCCACAUUUAUUUUAGUGCACUCCUCUUUGGCAAUGUCCACAAUUGCUCUUUGUGGAUCAGAGGCUCAAAAGCAGAAGUACCUACCAUCGUUAGCUCAGUUUAAAACUGUUGGUUGCUGGGCUUUAACAGAGCCAGAUUAUGGAAGUGAUGCAAGCUCCUUGAAAACUUCAGCAACCAAGGUACCUGGCGGUUGGCAAUUAGAUGGCCAAAAGCGCUGGAUAGGUAACAGCACGUUUGCAGAUGUGCUUGUAAUUUUAGCUAGGAAUGCAGACACAAAGCAACUAAAUGGAUUCAUUGUGAAGAAGGGAGCGCCUGGUUUGAGAGCCACAAAAAUUCAAAACAAAAUUGGACUUAGAAUGGUUCAGAAUGGCGAUAUCCUUCUGAAUAAAGUAUUUGUCCCAGAAGAAGACAGAUUAACAGGCAUCAACUCAUUUCAGGAUAUAAGCAAGGUCCUAGCAAUGUCACGUAUUAUGGUUGCUUGGCAGCCAAUUGGCAUAUCGAUGGGCGUCUACGACAUGUGCCAUCGGUAUUUGAAAGAAAGGAAGCAGUUUGGAGCUCCCCUGGCAGCCUUUCAGAUCAACCAAGAAAAGCUUGUUCGGAUGCUUGGUAACAUCCAGGCCAUGCUUCUUGUCGGCUGGCGCUUGUGCAAGCUCUAUGAGUCAGGCAAAAUGACACCAGGCCAUGCUAGUUUGGGCAAGGCAUGGACGUCCAGCAAGUCAAGGGAGGUAGUUUCUCUGGGUCGAGAGCUAUUGGGCGGCAAUGGAAUUUUGGCUGAUUUUCUAGUAGCAAAGGCGUUCUGUGAUCUGGAGCCGAUUUACUCAUACGAGGGCACCUAUGACAUCAACAGCCUUGUGACCGGAAGAGAAAUCACUGGGAUCGCGAGCUUCAAACCCGCUGCAGUAGCAAAAUCUCGGCUGUAAUUCUUCUUCUGCCUCCAGCUACGAUGAACAGCAAAGUAUGACCCCCCACCUUGUAUUCUGGUGGGUACGAGUAAGAUCGGAAUAAGUGCAAUGGAAUGAUCAAAUGUAAUUUGUAAGGCGGAAGGAUAAAGUCGGAGCUGGAUUUGUAUCUAUGUAAUGGUGCAGCAUAUGGAGUCACAUCUCACGAUCAGUAUUUGUGCACUGGGGGGUCGUACAGCUUCUACAUAUUGAAAUUGUGCAGUUCAGGAGAA